AUACGGUCACUCAGAUCCGAAUUUGUUUUCGGUUACCAAGCAAUUUUUAUAUUUUGAUUAAGUAAAAUGUCGAUUCUUGCAUUUUUGAAGAGCCGCACCGUGUUCUGGCUGAGCCUUUCCACUUCCGCAACGGGUCUGGCCUUCUUCGUCAAGGACCUUAUGCAAGGCGGGAAAUUCACCAAAGAAACUGAUGAAACCGGCAAAGUGGUCAUUGUGACAGGGGCAAACACCGGAAUUGGCAAGGAAACGGUUAGGGAGAUAGCAAAACGUGGAGGUACCGUCUAUAUGGCAUGCAGGAACCUAAAAAAAUGUGAGGAGGCGCGCGAGGAAAUAGUUUUGGAAACAAAGAACAAAUAUGUGUACUGCCGCCAAUGUGAUCUGGCUUCCCAGGAAUCCAUCCGACACUUUGUUGCCGCCUUCAAACGGGAACAGGACCACCUGCACGUACUGAUCAAUAACGCCGGUGUCAUGCGCUGUCCAAGAUCUCUUACCUCUGAUGGCAUCGAACUGCAGCUAGGAGUUAAUCACAUGGGUCAUUUCCUGCUCACCAAUUUGCUAUUGGAUCUUCUAAAGAAAUCUUCGCCUAGUCGAAUUGUAAAUGUGUCCAGUUUGGCGCACACCCGUGGAGAAAUUAACACAGGCGAUUUGAAUAGCGAUAAAUCCUAUGACGAAGGCAAAGCCUACAGUCAGAGUAAAUUGGCCAAUGUUCUCUUUACAAGGGAAUUGGCCAAAAGAUUGGAGGGUACUAAAGUAACAGCAAAUGCUCUGCAUCCGGGUGUGGUGGACACAGAAAUAAUCAGGCACAUGGGCCUAUUCAAUAAUUUCUUUGCAGGUCUAUUUGUCAAGCCCUUGUUUUGGCCUUUUGUAAAGACUCCCAAGAAUGGUGCCCAGACCACUUUAUAUGUGGCUCUGGAUCCUGAACUGGAAAAGGUGACAGGUCAAUACUUCAGUGACUGCAAGCUUAAGGAAAUGGCACCUGCGGCCACGGAUACACAAACUGCCAAGUGGCUCUGGGCAGUCAGUGAAAAGUGGACCAAGCCAACGAUUAUUAAAAUAGCCUAGUUUGUAUUUAAAAAAAAAUGUUUCUGGCAGUCAUUAUGUUACUUCGCAUAAAUUUUCAGUUUUUUACAGUCAAAA